AUGAGCACACCGACUCCCCCGCGGCGCGGCGGUAGGUUACGACGCGCUUGCGACUUCUGCCAACAAAAAAUUGACGCGGAGGUCGCCUCGGUAAGAAAUAGCGCCAAACACUUGCCGAAACCAAAGCACGGAUUCGGGAUUUGGAGCCCUGGUUACCCUAAUCAGCAGAAACCGGCAGCCUCUGAUAAUAGUCUGUCUAUUGGGUAUCUACAAGAUCCACGUGAUCUUGACACUGGCCUGGCUAUGUUUCGAAGAGAGGUGUCUCUGUGCGGCGUCGGUUCUUCUGGCUCAGCAGAGAGGGAAUUAUUCUGCUCCGCUGUUCUCCAACAAACUAGCUGUUAUUUCGAUGUCGACCAAUUUUUACAAGGAUUGUCCAAAGCGUUUGGCACUAGGGAUCCUCGAGACUCAGAAAAGGCGACAGUCCAAAAACUUGAGCCCGCCUUUUUGGAUUCCGAUUCGGAUGCUUACAUACGUGCUGUGCUAUCACUGAUACCCCGACUGUUAAUCGAGGAUCCUAGCAUGAAGGCUGAUCAACAGCAGGCCACAUGUCUAGGACCCCUUGGUCAUACAAAAACCGUGGACUCACUACUGGCAGUCGCCGUUCCAAUCACCUAUAGCUUGGGAGCUCAUCGAGCCUCUGUUGUUCGUGAGGAGGAGGGCGAACAUCUACGUGCUCUAUUCUGGUAUAUCUACGGUUCUGACAAAACCUUGGCCAUCCGCUUUAGCAUACCACCUCUGUUCAAUGACGUUGACUUGGACUUACAGCCGCCGGACGGCUACGUUGAAUCCUGCUCAGACGACCAUUUUUUCCUGCGGCCCCUGUCCUUCAAACCUGUCAUAUACCCGUCCGAUCUCCGUAUGUCCCUUAUCAAGUCCAAAAUCCACACUCUCCUCUACUCCAACCAUAGCCGAGCUCAGCCGGUAGCUAUAAGACUCCAGUGUAUUCGCGAACUCGAUGAAGAACUAAGCGCUCUCAAGUCCAGCUUCCCGAAUAGCUGCUGGCCUGAUGUUUUUGCGACAGGGAAUACACCUGACUAUACUUUUCACGACUUGAGUCUACGCGGAGUUAACCUUCACCUCGAUUAUUACUUUCGCCUGCGAAGAAUCCAUGGAGCAAGCAGUACACAAAUGUCUUCUCCAGAGGCCUGGUCCUUCCUACCUUCUAGUGCGGAGCUGUUCCACCAAGAGUCCCGGAUCAUACUCCUCUAUUUAUGCCGUAUACGGCAUGCCCACAACUGGCAUACUUUUUGGAUUCAUGCUCAGUAUAUACUGACCGCUGUGGUCUCCCUUUUUCGAUAUCUCAUUGCGUCUCCAACGGCGCAGACUUUCAAUACCGACCUCCGGCUCUUGGAAUCUAUAGCAGACCUCUUUUCCGACCUUGAUCGUAAGUCCCGGGCCACGCGGCGCUUUGCGCCAUUUUUCUUCACAACAUGCUUCACAAGAAAACUGAUAUUACUUGCAAAGCAAGCAUUAAAACAAGUCAUGACUAGGCAAGAGUACUCCUUAGGGUGA